CACUUGUGUGAACUUUCAUGCACGAAGUAACCAGCGUAGGAGUUGUACUACAUUUCGUGUGGCUUCAAAUCGAUGGCUUCUCAGGCGAAUUUACAGAUCACCGACAACAGGUCGUGUUACAAUUGCGGGCAACAGGGAUAUAUUUCGAGGUUCUGCCCUCUACCGGAUAAACGGCUCAAUGGAGGGCACGCUAGCACUAGUACGGCUCUUGUCCAGGCCCAACCUUUGGUGACUGGGCCUAGUAACGUGCAGGGAGUUGCUGUAGGAGGGGCGUCCUAUUCUAACCAGCCUAAUGGUUACUCCAACAAGAAGUAUUCGUUACGUAACCGCGUCUCUACUCUCAAAGAUAUUGUGGGAAGAAUCAAGACCAAGCACGAUGCGGAUGAGGCCAAGGAGUUAGCUGCGAAGCAAGAAACGGAAAGAAGGAACAAGGAAAAAGAAGAGGAUGAGAGAAGAUUGAAGGACACGCAGGAACGUGAAGAACAGCAUUCGAGACUUAGUCAGGAGUUGAGUAAACAAUGGAAGAAGAUUUGUGAAAAGAUUGAUAAGUGUGAUCAGGAGGCUAAUGAGCUCGCUAAGCUGCGUGAAGAUGUCGCUAGACUGACGAGAGCUAAGGAAGUUGUUACACUGGUCCAUCCUAUUAACGUCGACACCGAUACGAUGAGCAACCUUCGUUCCGAACAAGAGGAGAUGCGAGCAGCUGCGGAUAGGCGGUUUGCCGUGAUGGAAGAACGAAUCAGCAGUCUGACGAAGAGCAAAGAAGCUGCCGAGGCAAGUGCUGAGCUAUGGAAGGCUGAAGCAUUAUGGUCAGGUAACAAGCGAGGGAGCAUUGUCCUCGAAACCCCGACAUCGCAUGCUCGUUCUCGACUGAAAGGAACUCCACGUCAAGAAGCCAGUAUUCCUGGACCAUCUAGUGUACGAACCAGCAGAAGAACCAAUCCAGCUUUGAAAGGAAUCGUAGAUCGUCAUAACAUGGAAGUCAACCUGCUCAAGGAGAUGCGGCUGAAGGACGCCAAUGGACGCAUAGAAGCGGAAAAAGAAGUUGAGAAAUUGAAGGCCGAGAUGGUGAGAUUGGAGAUGGGUCAAAGGCAGAAGGGCACCAAUCUCAAGAAACGAUUGGAUGAAGUCGCAGGAGCCUCCACUUGUAAACCACCUUGUCCAUCUUCGAAGAAGAAAGGAACUGCUGUUGCCACCGAAGUCAACGAUCGGGAUGCGCUUUUGCAGAUGGAGAAGAAGAACCUAUGUCGUAAGAACAAAGAGGAAGUGCAGCAAAUCUGUCGGGAAGAGGGAAUACCUUACACUACCUUGGAACCAACGAAGGAGUUGAUCGCUGCUCGAAGAGUUGAGAAGGCCUUUGGAGUUGACGACCGCCACAAAGGUAAGGAGAAAUCCUCUUCAGUAAUUGAAGUAACUGGCGGGGAUUCCGAUGCCGUAGAAAGGGAUGAUGAUGCUGACGUCGCUGUGUCUUAGUGUCCUUCCYGAGCGCAACUGAUUUAUGGUCAUCUGUGUGUUCGAAAUCACGUUCAACGGGGGUUUCGAGUUGAACGAUUCAACUCCCGUUGAAUUUUGUUUCAACUCCGCGUUAUACCCUGUUACAACGUGGUUCAACUUGGCCCGCAAAUAUUUUUCUUGUAGUCUAAAAAUAAGUAAAAAAAAACAAAAAAAAAAUUGGGGGUGUAGAUUUUUUGCUCUCUACAUCCCCAUAUUUUUAUUUUUAUUUUUUGAGCAUUUCAAUUAUUUUUAAAAAAUCAAAAACAAAACCAGACUCAAAAC